AUGAGAGGUGCUGAUGCAAAAGAAGUUUGCCCGCAAAUUCACCUGGUUCAAGUACCUGUUGCUCGAGGUAAAGCUGACUUAAACACUUACCGCAAUGCAGGCUCUGAGGUGGUCUCUAUUCUGGCAAGAAAGGGUCGAUGUGAGAGGGCUUCAAUUGAUGAAGUUUAUCUUGACCUUACCGAUUCAGCAGAAGCUAUGUUGAGAGAAACUCCUCCAGAGAGCUUGGAUGCAAUAGAUGAGGAAGCUCUCAAAUCACAUAUUUUGGGGCUUAAAAGUGAGAAUGGAAAUGAUGCCCAAGAAAAUGUGAGCAAGUGGUUACGGAGGACUGAUGCCAAUCACCAAGACAAGUUACUAGCUUGUGGGGCCCUCAUUGUCACAGAACUCAGGAUGGAAGUCUUAAAGGAGACUCAAUUUACAUGUUCUGCUGGCAUUGCUCAUAACAAGAUGCUGGCCAAACUUGUAAGUGGCAUGAAUAAACCUGCACAGCAAACUGUUGUGCCCUCCUCAUCUGUAAAAGGAUUGCUUGAAUCGUUGCCAGUAAAGAAAAUGAAACAGCUUGGAGGGAAGCUGGGGACUUCAUUACAAACUGACCUGGGUGUGAACACUAUUGGAGACCUCCUGCAGUUUUCAGAGGAAAAGCUACAAGAACUUUAUGGCAUAAAUACGGGGGGAAUCAAUGGGGAAGAAGUUCAGGGCCGCCUUCUCCCCAAGAGCCAUGGUGCUGGGAAAUCAUUUCCUGGUCCUCGUGCUUUGAAGACAAUUGCUUCUGUUCAACACUGGCUGAAUCAACUUUGUGAUGAGCUUAAUGAACGUAUUUGCUUUGAUUUGGACCAAAACAAGCGAAUUGCACACACUCUUACCAUUCAUGCUAGCACUUACAAGUCUAGCGACUCGGAGUCACAUAAAAAGUUCCCUUCGAAAUCUUGUCCGUUGAGGUAUGGGACUGCCAAGAUUCAAGAGGAUGCAUUUAAUCUAUUUCAAGCUGGAUUACGUGAAUAUAUAGGUUCAUAUGGAGUCAAGACACUAGGUCAUCAUCACAACGGGUGGGGAGUAACUGCUCUUUCUAUUUCAGCAAGUAAAAUUGUUGCUAUACCAUCUAAAAUUGAGAUAUUAGAAGUUUCAAAGAAUCCAAUCGAUUUUCUUUGUUUGGAUGACUUUGCAAACAGUUUAAUUGAAUCAAGCAAUGUUGUGUUGAGACUCGUAGAACUGUCUUGUGGAAAAGGCAUUGAAGCCUGUGCUAUAGUGGACGUGGUGGUGGAGGAAGGGAUUGCUGUAGGAACAGGUUCAAUCACAAAAUACUUUCAUGGACAGUAUACAUCACCCUCUUCUUCGAAGGAAACACUGGAUUGCUUUGUUAAAGAAGCCAUGCCAUCAUCGCCAUUAGUUAGUGAAAGCUAUUCCAAACUGGAACCAACUGAUCAGCUGCAACUUGAGAAUAAUGUCCCGUGUUUGGGUCAACAAGAACAGAAAAGCAUUCUAUGGAAAGAUCAGGACUCAUCUUGCUCUUCAACAGUGCAGACACAAGAUGGCUGUGGCAGGGGAGCCUCACCACCAUUACCCUCAGGAAGUGAAAGUUGCUUACUUGUAAACCAAACCGACUCACAGGGAGCCUUUAGGGAUAAUCCUAGGAUUGAUUCUACCAUGCCUACUUUGGAACGACAUAAAAGGAAAAUAAACCCUUCUACAGAUAAGGGAACAAUCUUGAAAUUCUUGAAGAGCUACAAAGUUUCCUGCUCCACACCAAAGCAAGAGAAUGUUGAAAUGGUUAAAGGUUCUCAAUCUCCAAAUAGUAGAUGCUCAGAAGCAAAUCAAGUUGAGCUGCCAAGACAGAGUUUUGCAGAAUGUAGUACGAAUGAUGGUAGCUAUAGUUUGGAUGAAAAUGCACAAAGGGCAUGGAAUUACAAGAUUGAUGAGAUCGAUCAAUCUAUUAUCAAUGAGUUGCCAUCAGAAAUCCAAGAUGAAAUUCGGGCCUGGCUUCAGGCUCGUCAACGACCUAGUAUAGCUAAACGUCCUAUUGCAAUUAAACGAGGUUCUAUUGCCCAUUAUUUCUCCCCAGCCAAAAAUACAUAG